AGUUUAAUUAGUCAAAGAAAGCACAAAGUCUUUCAAGUCUCUCAACAACUUUCAUAAGAGGAGAAGGAGAAGAGAUAUUACCAAAACCCAUCAUCAUUAAGCAAUAAAGAAACUUCUCUGCAGCUUCUCCUUCCUCUCACGCGUUUCAAUCCUCUCUAUAUAACUCUCUUCCCCCUUAAAACCCAUCUCAAAUUCCACUUCUUUUGAAUACGUAUUGAAACCAUGGUUCGCUGUAGCAACAACCUCGUCGGUGUACUAAACUUCAUCGUCUUCCUCCUCUCGAUCCCCAUCUUAGCUGGAGGUAUAUGGCUAAGCCAAAAAGGCUCAACGGAGUGUGAGCGUUUUCUCGACAAGCCCGUGAUCGCUCUCGGAGUCUUCCUCAUGGUCGUAGCGAUCGUUGGUUUGAUCGGUUCGUGUUGCAGAGUCACGUGGCUUCUCUGGACGUAUCUCCUCGUCAUGUUCCUCUUGAUCCUCCUCGUCUUCUGUUUCACGAUUUUCGCCUUUGUUGUCACUAACAAAGGCGCAGGGGAGAAAGUUUCUGAGAGAGGGUAUAAAGAGUAUAGACUUGGAGAUUACUCUAAUUGGUUGCAGAAACGUGUGAACAGUGACAAGAACUGGAGGAAGAUUAGGAGUUGUCUUGUUGAGAGCAAAGUCUGUUCUAAACUUGAAGCUAAGCUAAUUGAUGAACCUGUCAAUAAGUUCUACCAAGAACACCUUACUGCCCUUCAGUCUGGUUGCUGCAAACCCGCAGAGAAAUGCCAAUUCACUUACGUAAGCGCCACAAACUGGACCAAGACGGCCGGGACACACCCUGAUCCAGACUGCCAAACCUGGGACAACGCACCAAACAAGCUCUGCUUCGAUUGCCAAUCUUGCAAAGCGGGUCUCCUCGACAAUAUCAAGAGCGCGUGGAAGAAAGUUGCAGUUGUUAACAUCAUCUUCCUCGUCUUCCUCAUCAUUGUCUACUCGGUUGGUUGCUGUGCUUUGAGGAACAACAAGAGAGAUGACAGCUACGGCCGUACUUAUGGAUAUAAGCCUUGAGGGUCUUUUAGGACAGAGAUUCGUUCAUUGUUCUUUACACAUUAUUGGAGUUUGCUUUUUUUAUGUUUGAUGAUUCCUAUCUUGGUGUUUUGAGACCUAUUGCUUGUACAGCUUUCUACUUAUUAACUAGUGUGUUCUGCCUUCUGGCUAAACCAUGAUACUGAUUUAUUAUAUGUUUUCCCUUCA